CGUGAAAAUAAAUAUAUCAACUAAAACGAUAUAUAAGAGAAAAACAACAACAACAACGACGCUACAACAUUUGCGAGCGGCUUGCAUGAGGCUGCUAAAAAAGCUUAAAAGCGUCUCCAACGUGAUCUCAAAACACUGCUUAUGAUGGAACUCUUGUCAAACAAUUCGGUUCCGCCACAAAUGGCCAGCAGCAAUGCGCCCAGCGCCUCCUCCAAUUCGGCCGUACCGGUCAAUGCUAAUGCAACCAAUGGCAAUGCCAACGGUGGCAGCGGCAGUGGCAGCCUCAGCAGCAAUGCCAGUAACUCAUCCGAACGCCUGUUGGCCGGCAUACUGGAAUCGUUUCCCGCUUGGGAUCUAAAUGUUGGACUACUGCCCAGCGUGGGCCAAACAAAUGGCUCACCACAACGCACUGACUUCUUUAUCAAUAACUUUUUGGGCGGUCUGGAUACGCAUGGCGAUUUCAGCAUUGGACCCAUUGGUAGCGGCGCCUCGCGCAAUCCCAAAAUGUCACCAGAGUCCUCGAACAACUCGAGCAUCAGCUGCGGCUGGUGUGAGGUGAGCGCCUCGAUACGCUGCCUCGAGUGCAAUGAGUUCAUGUGCAACGAUUGCCUGCGCGAGCAUCGCAACAGUCCGCUCUCCUCGAAUCACUCGAUUGUGUCGCUGCCCACGCCCAUUGGCGCCUCGCCCACUGGCGGCAGCGUGCUCAACGCACAGACGCCGCCCAGCAGCAACUUCAUAUGCGACAUACACAACGAGAUGCUGCGCUAUGUGUGCGACUAUUGUCGCAAGCUCGUUUGCCAGUUCUGCACGCUGCACGAGCACAAGGAGCACAGCUAUGCCUCGAUACAGAACUUUAUGAUGGGCUCGAAGGAGAAGCUCGAGGGCGCCAUCGAGAGCAGCCAGGUGGGCACGCGUUGCAUCAAGAGCAGCAUUGACAAGGCUUUGGCCUUUAUACGUCUAAUCGAGCGCAACUGCAGCGAGCUAAGCGAUAAUAUACGCAAAGCCUUUCGUCAGUUCAUCAUUGCCAUAGAGGAUCGCGAGCGUUUUCUGCUCGAUUUCGUUGAGAAGCUGCGUCAGCGUCGUUUGGCCAUACUACACGAUCAAAUGGCGGGAUUGAAGAGCGCGCUAGCUGGACUCUCGGAAACCUCAGACAUGCUUAGCAAGGUGGCGGACAAUGCCUGCAAUAUGGAUCAAAUUGAGAUUGCUAUGAAGCUCACCAACGGACAACGGCAAAUGGAACAGUUUGCUGGCAUUUACAAGGACUUGCAGCCCAAGCAGGAGGUGUUUGCCUUUGCACCGCCCGACUACAGUCUGCUGCAGGAUAUACGCAAUCAGGGCGGCGUCAUCUUGGUGGAUGACAAGAACAUGCCCAUUGUAUCCAGCAGCAAUGGCAUUGUCACUGGCAGCGUCGUCCAAGCGCCAGUGCCGCCAACUGCUGCUGCUGCCGCCGCUGCUGCUGUUGCUGUCACCAAUAUGGAUCUGAACUUUGGCUUGCCCACCAUGUCCACAAUGUCUACUAUGUCCAACACUGUGCCGCUGAGCGUCGCCUCCAGCAGUGUGCGUCGUCCGCUGCUGCGUGACAACAGUUUCCGCAUUCCCUCGCCCAUUAUGCAGCCGCGUGGCGGCAGCGCUUGCGGCAUGAGCAGCGCCGCCUUGGACUGGGAACUCAAUGGACUGCGCACCUCGCCGGGCUUGCACUUCAGCGCGCCGCGCACCACUCAGGCCAUUCCAGGUUGCAUGGACUUGGUCAAGGUGCGCAACUCGAAUGCUCUGUCGCUGUCAUUUGCCACCGAGGGACAUGAGGACGGGCAGGUGAGUCGCCCCUGGGGUCUGUGCGUCGACAAGCUGGGCCAUGUGCUUGUCUCGGAUAGACGCAACAAUCGCGUGCAGGUUUUCAAUCCCGAUGGCUCGCUCAAGUUCAAGUUUGGCCGCAAGGGCGUGGGCAACGGCGAGUUCGAUCUGCCCGCCGGCAUUUGUGUGGAUGUGGACAAUCGCAUCAUUGUGGUGGAUAAGGACAAUCAUCGUGUGCAAAUCUUCACUGCCAGUGGCGUGUUUCUGCUCAAAUUUGGCAGCUACGGCAAGGAGUAUGGUCAGUUUCAAUAUCCUUGGGAUGUGGCUGUCAACUCCAGGCGCCAAAUUGUUGUGACAGACUCACGCAAUCAUCGCAUACAACAAUUCGACUCCGAAGGACGCUUCAUACGCCAGAUUGUGUUCGACAACCAUGGCCAGACCAAGGGUAUUGCCUCGCCCCGCGGCGUCUGCUAUACGCCCACGGGCAAUAUCAUUGUGUCUGACUUCGAUAAUCACUGCUUGUAUCUGAUUGACCCGGAUAUAAAUGAUAUAUUAUCCGUGAAGGGACACGAGGGCUCUGGAUUCCAUGAAUUCAAUCGACCCUCUGGCCUUUGCUGCGAUGACGAAGGACGCAUUAUAGUCGCCGAUUCCAAGAAUCAACGCAUACUCGUCUUCAAUCAGAAUCUGGACUUUAUGUGGGAUAUUGAGGUGCGUCCCUCAAUAAAUCCGCUAAUGCCGCCUACGCUGGAUGAAAAGGAUCGCACCUGCGAUGUGGCCUUGAUGCCAGACGGACGUAUUGUAUUCCUCAUUGAGCUGUCGCCAGACUCCAAAGAAGGGUCUAACCCUUAUAAGCGGUUUGUGCACGUAUUCUAAAUUAGUUAAUAACUAAAAACCAAACUACAAAUUGAACAAAACAAAACAAAAACAAAAGCAAGUUGCAAGCAAGCAAGCAACUAGAUCAAAGAGCAUAACAACGUUUUUUAGAACAUUUACAAGUGCUAAACUAUUUGGCAUAGAAAUCAAAAAACAAAAAAAAAUUAAGAGUAAAAAACACAAAAAAUACGACAAAACAAAAACUAAAAUGGGCAUAAAAUUAGCAAAAAUUUUUAGCAUAAGUGCUACAACGAUUACCUCGAUACUGCUUAAGAGUUAUUUAAACACAAACAUUACUAAAAAGGAUAAGAUUACAAUUUGGUAAUUUACAUGCAUGCAAAUAUUUAGCAAACAUACAAAUAUUGCAAAAAAAG